AUGUCCGUUUUGGGCCCCGAGGGCUGUAACAUCUUCAUCUACCACCUGCCCCAGGAGUUCGCCGACACCGAGAUCCUGCAGAUGUUCCUCCCCUUCGGCAACGUCAUCUCCGCCAAGGUCUUCGUGGACAGGGCCACCAACCAGAGCAAGUGCUUCGGCUUCGUGAGCUUUGACAACCCCGCGAGCGCCCAGGCCGCCAUCCAGGCCAUGAACGGCUUCCAGAUCGGGAUGAAGCGGCUCAAGGUGCAGCUCAAGAGGCCCAAAGACGCCAACCGGCCCUACUGAGCCCGGUCCGGAGGCUCUGGAGCAGCACCUUUGGGUGCCCCCCCAUUGCAGAGCAGCCCCCCCAAACCCAGCGGUGCCCGGGGG